UGGUGAGACUAUUAUACACUAAUCCAAGUGUAUAAUAUGUCCCUAAAAAGUUAUCUUAUUGAUGUAAAGGUUAGAUACUAACCUAGAUGCAAAUAUUGGAAAACUAGGAAUCGAGUUAGCCGGAAAACACCCGUUCUAGGGGCUGUUUUCGUAUCAACGAUUAAGGGUUGAACUAGCACUUUGAGGAGGCUGUUUAACACUCAUAUUUGAGCAAGGAAUCAGUCCCAAAUCCACCUUGACCAAAGAUUUGACCAUUGGACCAAGAAGGGAAAGUUUAAAGCUCAAUUGAGGUGAGGAUUGACAUCUAAUUGCUUACAACUUGUAGGUUAAGCAUGAGAUUACCUAAAUGCUUAAAUCAUGAUUUUUCAUGGAUUAUGAUGAUUAUAUAUUGAUGAAAUAUUGAUAUAGUUGCCAAAGAAUGAAAUUUGAAAUGAUUUGAGAAGGUAUGAAUAAUAUGAGAUUAAAUGAGUAUAAAUGAACUAUUUGUGAAAAUGGGCAUUUUUCUCAUGUAUGAAUUAUGUGGAUACAUAAAUGAAUAUUUGUGUAUUGAGAAUGAAUGUUUAAGUUGCUGCUACAUAAGUAUAAAUAUGUAGAGAAUUACAAAUAACAAGGAUAAUGGUUUGAUAACAAUAAUCUUAAUAGUAUUGAAAUACUAGUUAAUGAUUAUUGGGAUUUAUUGAUUAAAUUGAUCCUAGGGAUUGGAUUGUAUGAAAGGUGCUUGAAUAUAGUUCAAGUGUAUAUAAUAACUUAGUAUGGAACUAAGGUUAAGUUACGGGAAGUCUUUAAGGAUGACCCAUGGUAGUUUAAUGAUAUGUCAAUUCUAGGCAUAGGGAUUGCUUGAGAAUUGGACCUUAAUGCAUGGUGAUGUGAUAGAGCCGAGCUCUAGAAUGCAUGUAAGGGUAGACUUGGAGUCUAUGUAUUGUAUAGCUAGAGCCGAGCUCUAGGACUUGCGUGGUGAUGUGGUAGAGCCGAGCUCUAGAACGCAAGGUAAGGAAAUUGACCCGAGGUAUAUGAAUUGUAUGGUGAUGUGGUAGAGCCGAGCUCUAGAAUACAAUGUCAUGUACUAGGGUUGGACUCUAGGAGUUGUCGUGGCUUAUAGCCACGGGGUUGGGAAUGGUGAUUUCCAAAUGAAAACGGGCCCACGGGCCGACUACUUGACUUUUAUAUAAAGUAAGUAUAUUUUUAAACGGGGUAACUUAGGGUUACAAUCAUAAUGUACUAUCACCCUACUUGAGGGUCUUGUGUUUGAAAUACUUGUUGUAUAUCUAUUAGAUGCCUGCCACACCAGUACUUUAUAGCCGUAUAGAGUACUGACCCCUUCGGGGGCGUCCCACCACCAUUUCAGGUUGAGGCUAGAGCUUGCUUCCUGUGCUCGUUGAUCGAGUGAUUCCUUGGAGAGAAGACUUGAAAUGGACCGUGGUGGCAAGGUAACUAGGAGGAACCCUUUGGGCCGUGCACCCGAGGAGACUGGGCAAGGCAGUCGUAGGACCUCUAGGGCAUCUAGAGGAGCGGGCCGUGGAGGCCAAUCACGGACCGUGAGUGACGGUCAUGUGAGCACCGAAAGUGACAGCUACUGGUCCUAUGAGGACUCGACCUAUCGGCCGGAAACAGAGCCGGUUGAAACCCCUUAUGAAGGGGAUGAUGAUGAUGUAAGUGAUGAGGAGGACAACGGCUCCUUAGCGCGGAUUGAGGCACUACUCCAGCAAUAUCACCGUGAGCGUGAAGAGAGGAGGGAACGCCGAAGGCGCCGGGCUGGGCAACCUUCGGGCAUGGCUUCACGAGGAGGAAGUCAUGGUGCAUCUAGAGUCCAUGUGGAACCACGUGGAGGCCAAAAUGAUGGAGGUCCAACCAUAAGGAUCUCCAAAUACAUCAAAGAAGCAAGAGAUUUGGGGUGCAAACCCUUUGAUGGAGCAGGGGACAUUUCAGUGGCAGCACAAUGGAUCAAGAGGCUAAAUGAAGCGGCCCUUGACAUGCAAAUCGCGCCGAAUCUCAAACUGAGAAUUGCGGUAAGAUUACUCGAGGGGAUGGCAUCCAAGUGGUGGGAUGGAACCAAGAACAAGUACGGUGAGACCGUCGUUUGGGAGGACUUCCAACGGGAGUUCUUUGCCCAAUACUAUUCUGAUUUCGAGGUGAAUAAGAAGGUGAGGGAAUACACCCUCCUAACCCAAGGGGGUAACAUGUCAGUGAAGGAGCUUGAGUACAAGUUCCGGGAUCUCGCCGACUACAUACCGGAGUAUGCUUGUGACGAGAACCGCAUGGUGAACCACUUUUGGGACGCUCUUGACUUGGAGAUACGUGAUAGGGCAACGCAAUUGCCUAAUAUGACUUUCGCCCAAGUGGUUGAACAAGCAUUGAAAGGGGAGAAACAGUGGGAGGAACGGAAGAAGAGAGACGCCGAGGAGGCGAAAAAGAGAAAAUGGGAGAGUCAUGGCUCCCAAGGUUCCAACAAAAAGGGGAACCAUGGAGGAGGAUCUUUCCGGGCACCACCGCCACCGUCUAGGGGGAACCAAGGCCCGAGUGGGCAAGGCUCGAGGUCACAAACCUCGGUGGUAACUCGUUGCAACAAUUGCAAGAAGAACCACUCCGGUAAAUGUCGCGACCCCCCUAGAUGCUUUCAAUGUGGGGAUGCCGGGCAUUUGAAGGCACAUUGUCCACAACUGGGCGGGGCAAGGACAUCGGGACCAAGCAGUGGCCCGACGGGUACACGGAGUCAGACCGGGGCCUCUCAAGCAAGCAGAGGACAAGGGGGAGCAAGCGCGAGUAACGCGCCGUCCGUGAAUCAAGGAAGGACGCAAGCUAGAGUCUACGCAAUGACCGAGGCUGAUGCUCGGGCUAAUCCCGACUCCGUCGCAGGUAAUACACUUAUUCGGGUCAUUUCUAGGCUUAUUUUGAUCAUAUACGUCGUUGGGAUUGAGUACGGGCCACCCCGGGGUCAAACUGGGUGAGUUAGGCCGAAUCGGGCUGGAAACAGCCACUGCUGGCCAGGCACGCCCGAAGGCACGCCGUGCCUGGAAUCGUGCCUGGAAGGCAGUGGCACCCGAAGGAAAGAAAAAAAAAAAAAAAAUUUUGGGCCAGGCACGGCCGCAGGCACGCCGUGCCUGGCGUCGUGCCUGGGAGGCAGUAGCGCCCAGGGCUUUUUCCCAAGCCAGGCACGACCGUGCCUACCCCAGGCACGCCGUGCCUGGCACCCAGAUUGCCGAAACCUGAUUUUUUCGCACCGUUUUGCGACGUUAAGGCCUCUUCUUGAUCUCUAACGUGCGUGUGAACAUUGCAACCUUCUAUAAAUGAGUAGGGAGGAUAGGAAAGAUGUCUUACAUGGUUCAUGAAUGUAGGGACACUAAAGAUUAACGGGAAGGAUGCACGAAUCCUUAUCGAUACCGGAGCGCAACGUUCAUUCGUGAGUGAGGCGUUUGCCGAGAGCUUAGAGAUGCAAUCAAUACCAAUGACACAAACCUUAGUGGUAUCAACCCCACUAGGGGAAGACGUUGAAAGAAACAAUUACUAUCCAUCUUGUAUGGUGGAAAUCGGUGGCCAAACCUUGACGUGUGAUUUCGUACCGCUGAGUAUGAUGGAGUUCGAUGCAAUCCUAGGGAUGGAUUGGCUAGAAAAGCAUCAUGCUAGGGUAGAUUGCUACACAAAGGUGUUGGAACUCGAAGGCACACAUGGGGACACCCUACGCUUCGAGGGGGACCGCGGCAAAUCAAAUAGUUGUAUCAUAUCCGCCGUGAGAGCGAGAAAUAUGAUGAGGAAGGGAUGCCACGCAUAUCUAGCAUACGUGGUUGACAAAACCAAAGAGGGAACGAACAUCGAUGAUGUGAGGGUGGUUUGUAAGUAUCCGGAUGUCUUCCCUAAAGACCUACCGGGGCUUCCACCUGACAGGGAGAUUGAAUUUGUGAUCGAGGUCGAGCCUGGUACCAAACCAAUCUCCAUACCGCCAUACCGGAUGGCACCCGCUGAACUUAACGAGUUGAAAACCCAAUUGCAAGAGCUUUUGGAUAACGGUUUCAUUAGACCAAGCCACUCCCCGUGGGGAGCACCGGUUCUUUUUGUGAAAAAGAAAGAUGGGACACUUCGAAUGUGCAUUGACUAUCGUCAACUGAACAAGGUCACAAUCAAGAAUAGGUAUCCGUUGCCUAGGAUUGAUGACUUGUUUGAUCAACUACGAGGAGCAACCGUGUUUUCGAAGAUUGACUUAAGGUCGGGGUACCAUCAAUUGAAGAUUAAGGAAGAUGACAUACCAAAGAGUGCUUUCCGCACAAGGUAUGG